AUGACUUAUCCUAAAGCAAGUGACAAUUAUUUCUCAGUUGAUGUGGUAGAAGAGGUAGUAGAGAGAAGAAAGUUAAUUGAAGAUCCUCUUGAAAUAAGUCUUACAGUUUAUUACAUAGAUGGUCAAGAUAAUGAAGAAGCAUUGUUUUAUUUGAAGUGGAUACAAUCAUAUGGGCCAUGGAAAAAUAAAAGGUUUGAAGAAUUGGGUGAGGGACCGGAAAGACCAUUACCAUCAAUUUUGAAGCCAGCUGUGUUAGAAUUGAAGGCGUUACCAGAACAUCUACGCUAUGCUUAUCUUGGGGAGAAUGAUACUCUUCCAGUCAUAGUUUCAUCAUUUAUUUCGGAAGUAGAGGAGGAGAAGUUGUUAAGAGUAUUAAGGGCUCAUAAAACUGCUAUAGGAUGGACUCUUGCUGAUAUAAGAGGAAUAAGCCCAUCGACAGUUAUGCAUAGACUUUUUAUGGAAGAAGAUGCUAGACCAACUAUUGAUGCUCAGCGAAGACUUAAUCCAACAAUGAAAGAAGUGGUGAGGAAAGAGGUUUUGAAAUGGUUAGAUGUUGGAGUGAUUUAUCCUAUUUCUGAUAGUGCUUGGGUAAGUCUAGUACAAGUAGUACUUAAAAAGGGUGGCAUGACCGUGGUGAAGAAUGAGAGUAAUGAAUUGAUUCCAACAAGGACUGUGACAGGGUUUUAUAAAUGGUUUAUCAAGGAUUUUUCUAAGGUUUCAAAGCCUUUAUCUACUUUGUUGACGAAUGGAGUUCCUUUUGUUUUUGAUGAGAAGUGUCACCAAGUUUUUAAGAUACUUAAGGAGAAAUUGAUUUCGACACCUAUAGUUGUAGCACCUCAAUGGGAUUUUCCAUUUGAAUUGAUGUGUGAUGCUAGUGACUUUGCAGUUGGGGCAGUGUUGGGACAAAGAGUUGAUAAGGUAUUUAGAAUGAUUUAUUAUGCAAGUCGUACCUUGAAUGAUGCUAAAAUUAAUUAUGCAACUACAGAGAAGGAGCUUUUGGCCAUAGUGUUUGCCUUUGAUAAGUUUAGGCCAUACUUGAUUGGGAAUAAGGUGGUUGUUUACACAGAUCAUUCUGCUAUAAAAUAUCUUAUGACCAAGAAAGAUUCCAAGCCUCGUCUUAUUCGUUGGAUUUUGUUGCUACAAGAAUUUGAUGUGGAAAUAAAGGAUAAGAAGGGCACAGAGAAUUUGUUCUUUGAAGUAAGUGUUUGUAAAGAAGUUCCAUGGUUUGCAGCCUACGUUAAUUUUUUAGCUGCAACGGAUAUACCUCCUGAGAUGACAAGGCAACAAUUGAAGAAAUUCUAUUCGGAGGUGAAGCACUAUUACUGGGAGGAGCCUAUUCUGUAUAAACAUUGCCCUGAUCAAGUUAUUAGAAGAUGUGUGCCCGAAGAGGAGAUGUUGUCAAUCUUGACUCACUGCCAUACUUUGCAUUGUGGCGGUCAUUUUGGAGGAACUAGAACAACAGCGAAAGUUUUGCAGAGUGGGUUUUACUGGCCUACAUUAUUUAAAGAUGCUAAUGCAUUUGUCAAAAGUUGUGAUCGUUGUCAAAAAACUGGGAAUAUAUCAAGAAGAGAUCAAAUGUCAAUGACUGGUAUUUUGGAAGUGGAGUUGUUUGACGUGUGGGGAAUAGACUUUAUGGGACCUUUUCCAUCAUCUUUUAAUAACAAGUACAUUCUGCUUGUGGUGGACUAUGUUUCUAAAUGGCCAAAGUGUCAAAUAGGGAGAUGGGAGAUUAAAGGUAUCUUGGAAAAGACUGUCAAUACGUCAAGGAAGGAUUGGUCGAAGAAGCUAGAUGAUUCACUUUGGGCUUAUAGCAUUGCAUUCAAAACUCUGAUUGGUAUGUCACCAUAUCGAUUGGUGUUUGGUAAGGCAUGCCACUUACCGGUGGAACUUAAGCACAGAGCUUACUGGGCUGUGAAAAUGUUAAAUCUUGACCUCUUUAUGGCGGGACAAAACAGGCUUAUGGAGUUAAACGAGCUUGAUGAAUUCCGAAAUGAAGCUUAUGAGAAUGCGAGGAUUUAUAAAGAUAAGUCGAAGGCAUUUCAUGAUAAGCGGAUAUUGAGGAAGGAUUUUCAACCAUGA